AUGGACGACCAAGGCAAUUCUGUGAUUGUUAACGUAAAGUGGAUGGGCAAACAAUUCGACGGCUUAAGGAUGAGCUUAGAUGAGCCUUUAGAAUCCUUUAAAAAGCAACUUAGUUCUCUAACUGGUGUGCCUCCUGAAAGGCAAAAAAUAAUGUUCAAGGGUAUAAUUCCAAACGACGCCGAUCUAUCAAAGAUUAAGAUCACUAAUGGAGCUAGGCUUAUGCUAAUAGGAAGUGCUGAGAAGCCUCCUGAGUGUAUUGAAAAAGUCCGUUUCUUUGACGAAUUGUCGUCACAGGAAAAGGCCAAAUUUAUGAAUGAGAACAUUAUUGUUAAACUUCCACCGGGUAUAAUGAAUCUGGGAAAUACAUGUUAUUUCAAUUCGGUAGUUCAAUUCCUAUUCCCAGUUACUGAAUUAUGGAAUUCUGUUUCAAAGUGCUUAGAAGGGAAACCAAACACACCAGAUGUGAAUUUUGCAAAGUCACUUCUUGAUAUGAAGAAACAGCUGAACCACACCUUGGAGCGUUUUGUCCCCUUGGUCCAGAUACAAUUCUUGAGGAAAAUCAACCCUUUAUUUUGUAGAAAGGACGACAAAACAGGAAUGUAUAUGCAACAGGACGCAGAGGAAUGCUUAAAUUGUAUACUGGGAAAUUUAAACUCUUUAUCUGAAGAGAAGAUUUCAGAGAAUGUGUUUGGGUUUUCUAUGGUUUCAAACACAAAGCCUGUUAAGUCUGAGGGUUCAGAACCAUCCGAACCAUCUGAAUCAGAAAAACCCCCUGAGGAAAGCGUAACCUCAGUGGAACAUAAUUUGGUACUAUCAUGCUAUAUGGGAACUCCACUGAAGUCUGUGGGCACCUUGAUGGAUGGGAUUAACUUGUCUCUUAAUGAGGAACUGUUAAAAUUUUCAGAGAAGGACGGCUGCGACGUUUUGCAUAACAAGGUCACCAAACUCAGUUCUCUCCCCAAGUACUUGAUAGUACAUCUUGUCCGUUUUGAGUGGAAGCAGAAGAGUCAGGUAUCGCAUACGGACGCAAUCAAGGCUAAGGUGUGUCGAAGGGUUAACUUUGAGAGGUACAUCGACAUCACCAGCAUUUGUUCUGAGGUACUUUAUUUCCCAGACAUUUUAUCUCAGGAACUCCAACAAAAACUAAGAGCUGCCAGAUCUCAUCAAAUUAAAAAGGAAGAUAAACUAAACGAGGGGUUAAAUGGAGAAGUAAAGGACGGGAAUAAGAGUGAGGAGGGUGAGAGUUGCGAUGUGGAGAUGGUAAAUUUGGAUGGCUAUGAGAUGUCACCCGGGGAAUAUGCUACUGGGAAAUAUGAGCUUAUUUCUAUAGUAACGCAUCAAGGAAGAACAGCAGAUGCAGGUCAUUACAUAUGUUGGACCAAGGAUACCAGGGAAUACCCGACCAAAAAUAGCUCAAACAACAAUGAAAAGGAUUUAGAUAACCAAGAGAAUCGUGAAAACGAGCCUAAAAAGAAAAAACAAGUAGAUAUGUGGAUAAAAUUUGAUGACGAUGUGGUCUCAGAACACGAUUGGGGAUCUUUCGAUUUGUGCGGAGGCAGGAGUGACUAUCACAUAGCUGUAUUACUAUUAUACAAAUCACAAAAUACAACACUAUAA